CUGAAUUGUGAUCGAGACGAGACCCUUCGACCUUCGCAACGCCUCCCCAGCAACCUCUGCUCCGCCGCCUCCGGCGACCGCCGGAACCCGUGGUGGAGGAGGACGUGGAGAGGGAAGAUCUCGCCAGAUCCAAGGAGGUGGGGACAAGAUGGUGAGCUCCUCGUCGUCGGUGGUUAACGUGUACCCGCUCGCCAACUACACGUUCGGCACCAAGGAGCCCAAGAUGGAGAAGGACACCUCCGUCGCCGACCGCCUCGCUCGCAUGAAGGUCAACUACAUGAAAGAAGGAAUGCGUACAAGUGUUGAAGCAAUCCUAUUGGUGCAAGAGCACAACCACCCUCACAUACUGCUCCUGCAAAUCGGAAAUACAUUCUGCAAACUUCCUGGUGGACGGUUGAAGCCUGGAGAAAAUGAAAUCGAAGGUUUGAAAAGAAAGUUGUGCAGCAAACUUGCUGUGAACUCGCCUUCCUUUCCACCUAACUGGCAGGUUGGAGAGUGUGUUGCUGUGUGGUGGAGGCCGAAUUUUGAGACUGUGAUGUAUCCUUACUGCCCUCCACAUAUCACCAAGCCCAAGGAGUGCAAGAAACUUUUCAUCGUUCACCUAUCCGAAAGAGAGUAUUUUGCUGUUCCAAGGAAUUUGAAGCUGCUUGCUGUUCCGCUCUUUGAACUCUACGAUAAUAUUCAGCGAUAUGGGCCUGUCAUCUCCACCAUCCCUCAGCAGCUUUCUAGGUUCCAGUUCAACAUGGUGAGCUCUUAGACGGUGUCCAGCAGUUUACCCAUAUAGUCAUCCAAAACAUUGUUUUUGUACUAUAGACUGCACUGUUCCCAGAGUGGAGUUUAAAUAUAGGUAUGUGGAUGAGUAAGCUGCUGAGAUAGACUUAGGGUGAUGACACAAGAAGAUAGUGUGGCCAAGACAGCUAUUUUGUUGACUUCCGUUGAGAUGGAUCUUCAACAUGCUGAGCUAGCUGAUCAACGUGCCUUGACUGGUUUCAUUUC